AUGUCUCCUUUCAAGCAUCUCAACAAUCUCACCAAACCUACCUUUCAAUGUCCCUACAUUGACCAUACCAACUCUGAGAGAAUACUGGACAGGUUAGAUGUUGCUCUGAAAGUGUUUACUCGGUGUAUUAUUCUUCAACCAACCUUUCAAGAAGCCUUUAUCAGUCGAGCUAACAUUCACAUGGAUUAUCUAACUGACGAAAACAACCAAUUGGCCAAGUGUGAUUACCAACGUGCCAUCAAACUAAAUCCAACCAAUUGUUUAGCCUAUGUGUCUUUAGGCAUUUUUCUACAAGUGGAACGUAACUUCCAAUUAGCUUGGCAUCAAUUUACCAAUGCUAUAUUAAUUAAUCCAUGUUAUCAACCAGCUUAUGAAGCUCGAGCAAUCUUAAAUUUACAAAUGGGUAGCAAAUACCCAGCUUUUCAAGACCUCACUCUUGCCCUACAGAUCUCUCCUACUGCAGAGUUAUAUAACAAUCGAGGUGUUGUUAAUCAGAUGAUGAAUUCUCUGGCAGCAGCUCUGCAUGACUAUUACAAAGCCAUAGAAACGGAUCGCACCUUUGCUUUGGCUUAUUUCAAUGCUGGAAGUUUACAUUUACAAGGAAGAUUUUUCAAACAGGCUUUGGCAUAUCUUAACAGAGCUAUUAUGCUUGACAAACAGAAUGAAUGUGCAUAUAUAAACCGUGCAAUCACUAAAGUCAUGCUGAAUGAUAAAGAAGGUGCUUUUGAAGACUUUGAUCGCGCCAUCCAGCUGUGUCCCUAUUACACCCAUACUUUCUACAACCGAGGUUCGUUCUAUCUGUCUCUAGGAAUGUAUGAAAUGGCUGAAAAGGACUUCACUUCAG